AAAUUUGCUUCUUAAUUCUAUCAGAUUACGACAUUACUUCUUCGUACCUUCCUCGUUAAGCAAAACAUUUUUUCGACAAGUUUCAGGUUCAGUUCUCGUGUCUUUCACACAAUUGAACUAUUCUCUGCAUAUGCUCAGCAACUUAAAAGUUGUAGUUAUGGGGUUGGAUGUUGUGGCAAGAUUUGGGGUAAGCAUGUUGGCAGAUGAUGAUCAAGUCUCUGUGGAUUCCAUAACUCUGUUUGUGGCUCUUCUUUGUGGAUGCAUUGUGAUUGGACAUCUUCUUGAAGAGAACCGUUGGAUUAACGAGUCCGUCACUGCUCUUGCUAUCGGUUUAGGUACCGGAGGCAUCAUUUUGUUAACUACUAAUGGAAAGAGCUCUCAUCUCUUAGAAUUUGAUGAACAGCUCUUCUUUAUUUAUGUUCUACCACCCAUCAUAUUUAAUGCUGGUUUCCAGGUGAAAAAGAAGCAGUUUUUCAGGAAUUUUAUGACCAUUAUGUUGUUUGGUGCUGUUGGCACACUAAUAUCUUUCAGCAUCAUAUCAUUUGGCGCAAAGGAGUUAUUUGGGAAGCUUGAUAUUGGUUUUCUGGAGCUACGAGAUUAUCUCGCGAUUGGAGCUAUUUUUUCAGCAACAGACUCUGUUUGCACACUGCAGGUGCUUAAUCAGGAUGAGACACCUCUACUCUACAGUCUAGUCUUUGGCGAAGGAGUGGUAAAUGAUGCAACAUCUGUGGUGCUUUUUAAUGCAAUCCAGAAGUUGGACCUCUCCAACAUCAACUCAAGGGUUGCCUUAUCGUUCACUGGAAAUUUUUUCUACCUGUUUCUUGCAAGCACUUUGCUGGGAGUUUCGGUAGGGUUGCUAAGUGCGUACCUAAUAAAAAAGAUAUAUCUUGGCAGGCACUCAACGGAUCGUGAAGUUGCUCUCAUGAUUCUCAUGGCUUACCUUUCAUAUGUGAUGGCAGAACUGUUUGACUUAAGUGGAAUACUUACAGUAUUUUUCUGUGGGAUUGUCAUGUCACACUAUACCUGGCAUAAUGUUACCGAUAAUUCUAAAGUGACAACUAGGCAUGCUUUUGCAACACUGUCAUUUAUUGCUGAGAUUUUCAUCUUCCUUUAUGUUGGUAUGGAUGCUUUAGAUAUUGAGAAAUGGAGAUUCGUCAAAAACAGUCCUGGAAAAUCUGUUGGAGUGAGUGCCGCGCUGCUUGGUCUGGUUCUGGUUGGAAGGGCGUGCUUUGUGUUCCCGUUGUCUUUGUUAUGCAAUUGCUUGAAGCGAUCUAAACAUGACAAGAUUGGCUUCAAACAGCAGGUUACAAUAUGGUGGGCUGGUUUAAUGCGAGGAUCUGUCUCUAUGGCAUUGGCUUAUAAUCAGUUUACUAGGUUUGGCCACACUCAACAACCAGGAAAUGCAGUUAUGAUCACCAGCACAAUUACAAUUAUCCUCUUCAGUACAGUGGUGUUCGGAUUGAUAACAAAGCCUCUUGUAAGGUUCUUGUUGCCUUCAUCACAAGAUUUCAGCAGCAUGAUUUCUUCUAAACAAUCGUUCGUAUGCCCACUUCUCACCAACAAACAAGAACCUGAAGCUGAGAUGGGAAAUGUUGAUUUUCGUCGACCAGCCAGUUUGAGCAUGCUGCUGAAGAAACCUUCUCACACCAUUCAUUACUAUUGGAGAAAGUUCGAUGAUGCUUUUAUGCGGCCCUUAUUCGGAGGCAGGGGAUUUGUGCCAGAUGCGCCGGAGUUAUCUAAAGGCGGAUGUGAUCAAUAUUGACAGUCUAAAAGCAGAAGAGUUUCUUGAAUUGCUGGUAUAUAUGCUGUCAAGUACCUUACUAACUUCAGUGUCACAGUUCUUUAACUACGAUAUUCUGAUAUUGUAGAUAAUCAGCCAUUUUGCAUCGUUAGUUACUUACACGGUUGUAUAUAGUACAAUAGUUAAAUGUGUAAUUAUGAUUUAACAGGGCAUUGUGCAUAGAUCUAGACUGUUUUAGGUUUGUGGAUGAAGAGUUUUACUUGUGAAUAGUUCAAAAGCGAAAACAUUAUCAAUGAGUUAUUGUGGCUUGCAUUUUGAUGUUA